CCGGAAACUCAGUUUUCCACAAGUUUUCAAUGGUGUAGGACCUCGAAGGGAAUCCGAAACCAUGAAAUUUUACGCUCCUUUUUUCUGUGUUCUGGUGAGCACUUGUGCUCUCCAUGUGACGACCGAUAUUCCGAUAAGUGGAACGAAUAAUCCUGAACAACAAAAUGAUAAUUUGGAUAAUGUUAUGUGGCGUCAGUCAGUGUGUGUUAUUUAUGGUGAAAAUGUUGUCGCUUCGAUGAUUAAUCAGACAUCAAAAUUGAAUGACGAAGAGAACAGAUCUCAGGACACGGAAAAUCAUCAAUCACCUGUGCAGUUGAUAACUCCAAUGGUCUUCGAGAGUCUCAGCUUGUGGGGACACAGUUGGCCGUAUCCUAGCGCUGAAGGGAAUCUGAUAAUUCACACCCUGUCGUUGGAAGACAGAGUAAAUCUUUUUCAGCGGAAGAGCAAUGCUUUAUUUGUGGGCAAAAGGGAGGGACAGAAUCUCGUGAUAACUCCAGCAAAUCCUGAGUCCAAAGGGGUUGAAAAACAUCUAACGAAGAUUGUGGAUUCCCCGGUGGUUGCUACCCUGUUCACGAAUAUCCGUUAUCUGGGGGAUGAGUAUCCGAUUUGCAAAAAUUAUCAGGAAGUAACAACCGGCGCAGCCCAAGGUAACAUCACUUUAUACAAAGUCAAUUCAACCGAACUGCCCCUUGUGUCUACGACCGACUCCGGAGAACAGUCAUCUUCUGUGAGGACACUCAAGAAAAGGGAGUCUGACCCUUACGAGUAUUCGGUGAAAUCUCAGAGGAGAAUGAAGCUGUACAGCUAUCCCUAUUGGCCCACCCUGAAUGCUAUGAAAUCAAUUGAAAGCAUGAAAAAUUUUGGGGGCGACAGCGCAUCGGCCACAUCUGCACGAGGACCGUACGGAAGGAAUUUUCCAUUCACAUCUGGGCUUUUCAAAAAGUUUUUCCCAAAUUCCUCGCCACAGCUGGUAAAGCUAGAUUACCAGGGUCCUGUUAUCUUCAAACUGGGAGUCACCGACAACGGGCCCGAACUAACGCAGGGACCCCCUGAGGAGAACCAGAUGUCCCCGGUGUUCGAUUACUUCUUCAAGCGAGGAGAGACAACGAAACAAGAUGAUACCCAGAACGUCAUUAGUCCAGUCUCAGUCGUCCAAACAUUAACAGUCGAACCGUCCAGUCUAGUGAGUGACUAUACAAAACCAGAAGCACCAAUUUCUCAUGCAACAGUCCCAAUUUCUCCGAAGAUCCAGCCAGUUGAAGCUAAUACCGAGAAAUCCGAGACUACCCCGAAUGAAGCUACUGAAGUACCAGAUCUUCCUUCCACAACAGCUGCUGCAACAACAGAAGUUCUGUCAACAAUUGUGACCGAAGUACCAGAAAUUUCAUCCACUGAAGCUAUCCAGACAACAGAAGAUGCAUUAACUGAGGCCACUGAAACACCAGAAGCUCAAACAACGGAAGUGACACAACAGCCAGACGUUACAUCAACUGAAACUACUGAAACAUCUGAAGUUCCAUUGACUGAAGCAACCCAACUGGCCGAAGACAUAACAACUGAAGCUGCCGAAAGCACAACAACAGAAACAACAGAAGGCCCAUCAACUGAAACAACUCAAAUACCAGAAGAUACAUUAACUGUGGCUACCGAAACAUCAGACAGUCAAUCAACUGAAGCUACUGAAUCAUCAGAAGGUCGAACAACUGAAGUGACUCAACUACCAGAAGAAAUCUCAACUGAAACUACCGAAAUAUCAGAAGAUCAAUCAACGGAAGCUACGGAAAUUUUAGAAGGGAGGCGUAUGAGGAGAUCAAUCGAAUUUACAACCUUAGAAGAAGAAUCAGUCACUGAAGGUUCUGGAGUUACAGAAGAAUCAACAACUGAAGGAUCUGGAGGUACAGAAAUCCCUGAAGAAUCCGCAACAGAAGGGUCUGGAUUUACAGAAAUCCCAGAAGAAUCAACAACUGAAGGAUCUGGAGAUGCAGAAAUAUCCGACAACUCAGUAACUGAAGCCACCGAAGUACCAGAAAAUCCGUCAACUGAAAGUACUGAAAUAUUCGAAAAUUUGUCCACCACUGACUCGACAGAACCAUCAACUACAGAAGGGACUGAUGUGACCGAACCUAACGAACAACUCACAACUGAGAGCCAGCCCGAAAUCAGCGUCACCGAGGACGUGCUUUUCACCGACCUCCCAGACCAAAAUAGUUUCCCAAUUCCUGAAGAAACGGAAAAAGAAAUGUUCUACCCCCUAUCAACGAAUGAGACCAACAAUUCUCAGUUAGACGUCAAUUCUAAAAAUAAUGCUGAAGUUGAUUCAAAUAUGGAGGUGCCACAAUCAGAAUUAUUACACUCACUGACAGACAUAGACCCACGACAGGCAUCCCAAGCUAUCGCUAUCGCUGAUGCCAUCAAUGCUUAUGAAUCCGAGGGUUCUCCAAACGUAGCAGAGAGGCUGCACGUCAUCCUGGAAGCAACUGAGGACAUCACAGGUAACGUGGAAACACCUGACGAAACUCCACUCGAUGGAGACGAGAACACAGAAGAUGACGCCUAGAAUAUAAUUUUUUAAUUGUAACAGAACGAAAAAUUGAAUAGUUAAUAAACCAAAACAAACUUGUAAUAUGCUUUAUUGCCAUCGCAUAAUUCACAAUAUUUUUCUAGCAAAUAGGGAUGAGAGUGCAUAUAGAGAGCCUUUUUUCUGUGAUUCGACAUGAUUAUAUGGUAAUAAACUAUUUGCAGUGGUUA